AUGUUAGAUGUAAUGAUCACAAUUCGCAACCUAGCUAGUGAUAGUGAUGGGACAAGACAUGGUCAAUCCAUCAGUCUCUCUCAGAGUCCUUUAUUUUUCUCCUUCAACUUUCUUCUUCCAUGGUUGCAGCCCCAACGUAAGACAAACAUGUCAACAACAUGCAAAUUGCAAUGCAACCCCGUUUCCAACGUCCCAAACCCCUUCUUCUUUCGUAGCGGAGCAAUAAUAAUGGUGCGGUGGUGGUGCAGUGCAGGCAUGUGUGUGAAGCUUGAG